UUCUACUACUUGGGGGAAAAUGCUACGCCAGUUGUGAAUCAUACUGCCGAAGGAUGAUAUCUGUGAAAUGCGGUAUAUUAUAGACACUGACAUAAAUAACUUAUGAAUAUGGUUUCAAACAAGAUUUUGUAAAAAGAUAGAGAUGGGAGCGGGUUCUACGGCUAUGAAUAAUUCAUAGAUUUGAGGAUACGUAAAAUAAUGAAGUAAUGAUUUAAAAUCGAAAUAAAAAUCUUUUAAUUUGUUUAAAUAGGAACGCUGUUAGAUAAUUGAUUGUGAAGUAAAAAUGGCAAAUCAAAUAUGUGUUUUUGAAUUUAAGAAAAAAGCAAAAUAUACACCAUCAAAUAUUAUAAAAGGUCCAGUAGAUGUCAAAAGCAAAGACGAUAAAAUUGAGAUUAGAAAUGGAAUUCGUGGAAUUCCUAUUUAUGGAAAUAGCAAUGUUCACUCCAGUGGAAACCAGUUACAAGAAUGUUCCGCCAUUGAUGUGGGUUCAGAUGGAAUUCCUACCAGUAAACUAAGCAUCAUGAAAAUUCAAACCGAAGAAGCUACAAUUGAACAAGUUCUACAAACUCUGGAUGGUAUAAACGAGUUUGAAAGUACUGCCAAUGAUGUUAAAAUGGAAAAUGUACCAACGAAAGAUGAUGUCACAGCUUCAAAUUGUGUUGAAAUUGAAAAGGUACCAAUGGGUGACGAUGUAAUGAAUGAGUUUACUAGCAAUGAAAUUAAAAAUAACAACAGUAAUGCCAUUUCAUUAAGUGGUGAUGAAAAUGAUGUGUUUCCUACCAGUGUUUCAUCUAAUGACACUAAAAAUGAUGAAAAACCCACCAGCAUUGACGAUAACGCAAAUGCUGUUGAAAUUAUUGGGAAUUGCAUUGGUAACAUUACUAAAGAAGAAGCUAUCAAUGGCAUCGAUAACAAUAAAGCUUUUAAAAAUGACAUCGAAAAAAACGUAGAAAGGAGAGAUGCUAAACUGGAUAACAAUGUUAAACAUAAACAACAAGAUACCAGCUUGAUUGCGCCUAAUGAAUCUGAAAACCUAUCAAAUGAAGUAGUUCUGUUGCAAACCGUUCAGAAUAUACACUCAAGGAGUAUAACGUUACUAAUACAACCGACGGAUACAAAGUAUACUGGGGUAUUAAAUUACGGCUACCGUGAUGCGGAAAGUGAUGCCAUUGCUACUGAUCCUCCAUUCGAAGAUACUGGUACUGAGGAUACCGAGGACUCAUUUUCUGGUGGCCAGAUAAGUGGACCGGGUGCUGAUGAUCAGCCCAAAGAUUGCUCAACGUAUUAUACCGGGUUGGGAAAUUCCGAUCAGAUGUCUGAUGAAAAUCCUUUUACUAAGACAAAAACAAGGAAGAAGAGGCGGGUAUCAGUAAUGAAUGAAAAUAUCCAACCAAAUGGAGAUCAAUCAGGAACGGACAAUUCAGGUUUUAUUUCGGACGAGGAUAGCAUAGAUACGGUGAUUGAUAUUUCGUAUGUACUUAUGUUUGCAUUAAAAUAUUUUAUCAAAUUACCAAGGAGAAGCAUAAGAUUCAGCAUUUACUCCGCGUUCAAGUUCCCCAGUGAACCAAAAUGGCAGAGGAAGUUAUGCGCGUGUGUUGUUGUCUUCUGUGGAUUCUGGAAUUGCUUUUUCUCCAUGGGAAUAGCGUUCUCAAUGGGAACAUUUCUACCCGAAUGGCUGGAUGAAUUUAACGAUGGACGAGCUAAGACUGCUAUGAUUCAGUCAGUUCUUGUAGGCGUAACGUUUGGUGCAGGAAUAUUAAUUGGUAUAUCAAUAGACAGAUAUGGGGUACGUCUAAUCAUCUUUGUUGGUUCACUUAUGUCUUGUUGUGGAUUUCUGGGGGCCAUAUUCUGUCCAAGUACAACCACUUUAUUACUCAGCGUAGCUAUUUUACCAGGAUUUGGAUUAAGUGGAGCCCAAAUAGGAAGUAUUGUAGUUGUAUCUAUGGCGUGCAAGAGAUCGGUCAGUGCUGCUAUGGUGUUGAUCACUGCCGGUGGAGGAUGUGGUAGCAGCAUUUUACCUUACUUUUUCCAAUUCCUUAUCGACAAGUAUGGAUGGAGAGGCGCUUUCUAUGUCAUAGCUGGUCUCUCAUUGCAGCCUAUGGUGUUCGGAUUUUUGAUGACGGCAUUUAUGGAUCAGGUGACAGCUAGCCGUGGUCAUCGUGUUGAAAAGGCAGUGGUAACCGUUAAAGAAAAAAUGAAGCUGAUGUGUCGACCUGAAUUUAUUACAGUUGCAUUAUGUGCACUUACCGCCUUUUCCGCGGCAAAUGGUUUUCUUUUUAUAAUCGCUGACUAUGCUAACAACAAAAACCAAAAUGGCGUCUUUUUUAUAUUCCUACUGACAAUUAUCAGCACGUGUGGUCGACUUGCAUUCGGGUUUCUGAAUUUGUUGUCGUUUGUAAAUAGUCGAAUCUUACUGAUGAUUGGUGCGAUUCUAUCUGGGGGAUCCCUGAUUUGUCUUGGCUUUGUCACGCAAUACGCUAGAAUCCUCGGUAUUAUUGUCGUCCUUGGCUUCAAUUAUGGUGGACAGACUGGUAUAUAUGGCGUUGUUAUCCUGGAUCUGGUGGGUCCCCAGACCUUUUCACUUGCACUUGGUUUGUGCUCUACUUUGAAUGGUGCAGCAUGUGCCAUUGGCGGUGUUAUUUAUGGUUUGUUGUUCGAUAUGAGUGGUUCGUAUAGUCAACCCUGUAUUAUAAUGGGUACAGUAUGCUGUGUUUUUGGAGUACUUCCCAUAUUUGGUUUGUUUUAUAGUAAAAUCAAAACAAAUUGUAAAUCAGCGAUUACUAGUGACUAACA